AUGACACUAAGCUUUUUUGACCAAUUUAUUAGUCCCAUAUUUUUAGGUAUCCCACUAAUAGCUUUAGCUAUUUUACUACCUUGAAUCAUAUUCCCAACCCCCUCUUCUCGUUGGAUAAACAACCGCCUCCUUACAUUACAAAACUGGUUUAUUAAUCUAUUCACAAAACAACUUCUACUUCCCUUAAAUACUUCAGGUCAUAAAUGGGCACUAAUCUUAGCCUCAUUAAUAAUCUUCCUGAUUUCUUUAAAUAUACUCGGACUACUUCCUUACACUUUCACUCCUACAACUCAACUCUCCUUAAACAUAGGACUAGCUGUACCAUUAUGACUAGCAACUGUUAUUAUCGGGAUGCGAAACCAACCCACACACUCCUUAGGCCACCUAUUGCCAGAAGGCACACCUGUAUUACUAAUCCCUGUGCUUGUUAUUAUUGAAACAAUUAGCCUAUUUAUUCGGCCUGUUGCCCUGGGUGUUCGACUAACAGCAAAUUUAACCGCGGGGCACCUAUUAAUCCAGCUUAUUGCAACAGCAGCAUUUGUCCUUAUACCCCUAAUACCCACAGUGGCAUUACUAACAACAAUUUUAUUAUUCUUGCUUACAUUAUUAGAAGUAGCUGUUGCUAUAAUUCAAGCUUAUGUAUUCGUAUUACUACUAAGUCUUUAUUUACAAGAAAACGUUUAAUGGCCCACCAAGCACAUGCAUACCACAUAGUAGACCCAAGCCCCUGACCCCUUACAGGUGCAAUCGCAGCCCUUCUAAUAACUUCAGGGUUAGCUAUUUGAUUCCAUUUUAACUCAACUAUUCUAAUAACAGUUGGGUUAAUCUUACUGCUUUUAACAAUAAUCCAAUGAUGACGUGAUAUUAUCCGAGAGGGGACAUUCCAAGGGCACCAUACCCCCCCAGUACAAAAGGGGUUGCGAUAUGGUAUAAUCCUAUUUAUCACCUCAGAAGUUUUCUUUUUUCUAGGAUUCUUUUGAGCUUUCUACCACUCUAGCCUGGCCCCAACCCCAGAACUAGGCGGUUGUUGACCCCCUUCUGGAGUUAUCACACUUGAUCCUUUUGAAGUGCCUCUACUUAACACAGCAGUUCUACUUGCCUCUGGUGUUACAGUAACUUGAGCUCACCAUAGCAUUAUAGAAGGUGAACGAAAACAAGCCAUCCACUCACUCACCCUGACUAUUCUCUUAGGUUUCUACUUUACGUUCCUUCAAGCGAUAGAAUAUUAUGAAGCCCCCUUCACAAUCGCUGAUGGCGUUUAUGGAUCAACAUUCUUUGUAGCGACAGGAUUCCACGGAUUACAUGUUAUCAUUGGAUCAACAUUCCUAGCAGUUUGCUUAGUCCGACAAAUUCAAUACCACUUCACAUCACAACACCACUUUGGGUUUGAAGCUGCCGCAUGAUACUGACAUUUUGUAGAUGUUGUAUGAUUAUUCCUUUAUGUCUCAAUUUAUUGAUGAGGAUCUUA